UUGCUUUCCACAGGGCUCCUCUCUUGUCCCGGAGCCGCUGCCAGCACUCGACCUGCUUGCUACAGGUAUGGUGUGCCUGGAUGUCCAAGGGACUACAAUCCAGUUUGUGGGACCGAUGGAGAGACCUACUCAAACGAGUGUGUGCUCUGCCUUUCAAACAGUGAAAAUAAUAAGGAUGUCCAAAUUUUCAAGGAAGGAAAAUGCUGA